CAAAUGAAAAAUAUCAGUGUACGCCAUGUAUUUUAGUGAUUACUUUGUUAUUAAUAAAUAUUAUCACAAUUAACUAUCAAAUAAUAUCGAUUGUUAGUUAAUUUAUAUAAAUAAAACAAGUGUUAUUUAACAAUAAAUAACAAUAAAAAUAUAAAGUUAAUUUUUCAAUUACCUUUGAUUCACAUAAAUACGCAGCUGCAACAUGGCCGAACAAAGCAAAAUCGCGAGAUAGUUGUGAGUGUUACGCAUUGCAGCCUAAGUACUUUUAUCACCAAGUAUUACGAUUAAAGCUGCUUACUAAAAAAUAAAAAGUUCAAAAGGCCCAUCUGACUUGAAGAAGCAAAUAAUCCUUGAUUAUCAUCAUGUUUUUAUUUUUCGCUAUGCUUGAUACAAAAUUAACGGGCUAUCAAAAAGAGUAGGAUCAUCAUUAAUUGUAUUGAGUAAUCGGAGCAAUGAUGUUAGAGUACGACUGAUUUGUCAUAAACAUCGUCAAGUACUUCCUCGAUGACUGGUUUAGAUUAUAGAAUAGUAUUUCUUUCAAUCGAGAUGAUCUUGACGAUGUAUGAAUUAUUUAAAAUAUGAUGAUGAUAUGAAUUAUAAAUAUUGCUAAAUGCAUACUAUGGAUAUCGAGGUGGAGACGAGUAAAGCCGAUGGGAUUAGUGAAACAAAUCCCGGUUGCUCCGGGUAUUCUGGAAUGGUUCAUAGUAAAAAAGUUAUUAAACAUGCCUUGCGUCAGCAAGCAAAGAGGCGACGAAAAAAUACAACAAUUGCAUCUGGUAAUUCACGAACACUUCCUCGUAUUGUUGUUAAACCUCUUGCACCUCCACCGGCUCCGUCGCCACCUCCACCGUCUAAUGAUCCACCACCUCCAAUGCCCAAUAUGCAACAUUCUACGAUGGUGGAAGAGCCAGCUGCAACAAUGAGAGAAGUCUUAGCAAGUUUACCAGGAUUCAGUUUGAAAUCUAGCAGAAGACGUUCCACAAAAAGACUUUCAGCGGCCGCUCAGUUGGAAGCUGGUUUAGUAGAUCUUGAAUCUCCGGCUAGUAUCCUCGCGAAUACAAGUCUUCGGGCAUUGUUAAAUAGGCAUACCUUCCAAGGACUUCCUCCUUUAUAUCAGAGGAAGCUCGCUCAAUUAUUGCCUGCUGUCGAUAGACAAGAUGCUGCUACUUCUGGAUUAAAUAACGAAUUUUUUGCUCGCGCUUGUCUAGAAUGGCGAAAACGGCUAGCUGAAGGUGAAUUCACACCCGAGAACCAGCAGAGACUGAAGAUGGAGGCAGAGAAGGAUAAAAAUAAACUUGAUCCUUGGAAACUAAAACACUUUGAGCCUAUUUGGGGUGAAAAGCGAGAACCUAAAUUCAGACUUGGUUUGCAUUGUAUGAAUGAACCAAGAACUGGUGGAGCAGUUACAAGGUCAAGUUUACGUCUUAGAUUAGAAUCUACUCAUGAGCAAUAUACACCUGAAUUAUAUCAACGACCUGUUAUAACCACCGAUAAAAUUGAAGAGACUGAUGUUCCGACGAGAAUAAAUCCACCGGUCCCUGAGACAUCAAGUAUUAUUUCUGAUACAUCACACGAUCCUUUGAUAAAAGAUAUUACGACGUCUGAAGUAGAAAAUAGACUAGAGCAACCAUCUAGUAAUAAUAUUGUAGAAACAGUGAUAACUAAUGGAAUAAUUGAGAAAGAGAGUAAUGAAGAAGAAGAAGAAUGUCAUAAAGAAGAAUUGGAGAAAGCUGAAAGUCCUGUAGAAACUGAAACCCCAAUGGAAAUUAAUCAAACAAAUAUUUCUGAGGUACUCGAAGUAGAAAUUCAACCUGAUGAAGAAUCGAAAGAACCGGAAGUAAUAGCAUCACCAAGUACUGAGGAAAAAAUUCAUUUAGAAGAACAAAUAAUUGAAGUACUAGCACCAGUUGUCGAAGAAAUAACAACAGUAGUUACGAGUGUUACACCAACAAUGAUUGUAACAACAUCUGAUUUAGAACAUUCUCAAGAAUUUACUGUUAGCGAACAAAUUGAAUGUCAAUCUCAAGAUGACUGUGACACAAUAACUGAACUUACAAUGAGUUUAUCUGAAGUAUCAGAGAUCCAAGUACUCCAGGAUACUGAUGAUCAUUUUGAUGCACAAUUUGAUUCUUCGAGAACUGAUAGUGAUAAAAUGUUUGAGAUAUCUGAAUGUGAAAAUGCUGCUGCAGUUGAGAGUAUAUCCGCUCAUGAUUCUGUUAAAUCUGAUAGUAUUAUUCUUGAAGAACACGAUGUUAUUAAUGUUCAGAUUAAUGCUGACGCUAUUAGCGCCACUUCAGCAGACUCAGAGCCUAUUCCUGAUGCUAUGGAAAUUGAUAGUGAAACACUUCAACGUAUUCACGAACUUGAGGUACGAGGAGAAAUGAGAGAAGCUUAUGAAGAGAUUUCAGGUUGUACGGAAGAAAUAAUUUAUCCGAUAUUGGAAGGCAUGGAAAUGGGUUCAAGUGGGUCGGAAGAAACUGACACUCAAGAAGUAACAGAAACAACAGAAGAUAUUAGAGAACAGUCUGAUAUUGUAGAAAUUAAUGAAGAUGAAGAACUUCGUGAUGCUAAUAAUUAUGUAUGUUCAGAAAUGUUAGAAUGUAGCUGGCCUGUAGAUGCGACAGUAACCAAUAAUAAUACAACUAUUGAUGAUAAUUCAUCUCAAGAAGAUCUACAGGUACCCUGGCCUUUGGUCGCAGCUGCGUUGGAUGGCUCUGUUGCCGCAAACAUCACAGUAACAACACAAGAUGAGUGCAAUGAUACUUCGACAACAACGGACUCAACGACAUCAAAUCAACAAGCUCAAGUUCAACAACAACAGCAAUCACCAUUUGUUAAUGAGACGUCCACUGAGUCUGUAAACUGUAUAGCGUUACCGGUUGUCCAGAGUACACCCUUCCAAUCAGAUGGUAUGACAAUAAGUACUCCAGCAACAAGUUGUCUCUUAAAAAAUGUUCAAACAUCACAAAGCCCACCCAUUAUUACUUUUCCAACUCUACAACCGAUACGAUUUGUUCCAACGCGUUUACACACAAGUCACACCACUACUCCAACAACAGCAUUAACAAGUACAUUGCCAACACGCAUCUCAACUCAACAACAUAAUCAGACAACGCAUCAGGUUAAUGUUGCUCGCUCGACUGAAGAAAUUGUCCAAUUGGCUCAGAGUAAUAUGACUCGUGUUAAUACUCCGAAUAAUAUCAGUAUCAGAAGUAAUUCACUUCAACCCCAUCAGCAUGUUCAAGCAACAGUUGGAGUAACGACUGCGGGACAUCCACAAAGUGCAAUAGUUGUCCAACAUCAAACACCUAUUCCGGUAACUCAAUCUCGGCCAAUUGUUGCAAACAUGCAACCGCAGCAAUUUGUAAAUACAAAUGUCACUGCUAGAUCGGCACGUUCCUCGGGCCCUGGAAGUUAUCGUGGAUCAAGGAAUGGCAAUAAAGAACAAAGCAGUGGUAGAUCGAGAAGCUCAACUAAAGAACCACCUGGAGCUGUUAAUUUAGAACGAAGUUAUCAAAUUUGUCAAGCGGUUAUCCAAAGUUCACCGAAUAGAGAUCAAUUGAAAGCUCAUUUGAAGCCACCACCCAGUCUUCUUGCCCGUGGAGAUGGUGCAUUUACAACAAGUAAAUCUGGUGGUCGUACAAUUACGACAGUUAAAACACAAAAGCCACAUCAGACAUCACAUCAACAUCAAAAAAAUAAUCAAAAUAAAACUCAAGCAGUAAUGCUGAGACAAGUUUUUGCUACAGCACGUCAACCAUCGGCCGUUGAGGUGACAGAGAAUAGCAAUACUUCAGUUGCACAGCUUGGUACUAAUGGGGCGGGUAAUUUUGGCCAAUACAUUUUGGUACAAAGAACCGGAGUAAGCGAUGGGGCACCACGUGCAUCGUCAGCUCCACCAUUGCCACCUCAAAUAGCAGGAAUCGGUGUUGGAGUACAUCUAGUACGAGGACGACCUGCAAGUGCUGGGGAAGGAUCACAUCAGGCUGUUACACUAAAAGCAAGAGGGACAUCUGACGGUCGAGGUAGUGGAGGCGCUGAACCUGGUGCACCAGGUGUUAUAAUGGGUGGUGAUCCUCCACCUCCUUGUGAGUGUAGUAUCCGCGGUGCCAUGGUUAUUUGUCGUCAGUGCGGGGCAUUUUGUCAUGACGAUUGUAUCGGACCUCAACGUAUUUGCGCGACUUGUCUUAUACGCUGACGUUAAAAAAAAUUGCAAGUAAAGAUGAACUUGAUACUUGUUAGAAAAAAAAAAAAAAAAAAAAAAAACUUAAAAUCAUGUGAAGUCAUGAGAUUUCGUGUUAUAUCCAUGACGUGAUACUAAAAGUCUUUAUUUACGAUAUAAAGCGAGAAUGAAAAAACUUGAAAGAAUGGAGUUUAAAAAUAAGCUCAUGUAUCGUCGCAUUUGCUAUUAAGUUAUUUUUCUUACUCAUCAAAAGUCUUAUCUAUAUUUUUUUUAAUAAUUCGUAUAGUGUACUUGUUUCGUCAAUCUUGCUAUAAAAAAAAAAAAUAAGAAACGCGGCAUCUUCCUUUUGCAUGAAUUAUUAUUAUAUAUUUAAAAAAAAACAAGUGUAGGUUUAAUAUUGUCUUUAAUUUUUGAAAUUGUAUAAAAAGAAACCGCUCAUUUUUCUAAUUAUCAGCAAAAUAACACUUGAUCUAGUGUUUGUCUAUGAAUUAAAGCAUUAAAUGAAUUAUUGGUAUAAGAAAAUAUAAAUUUUGAUGUACAUCAUUUGUUUAUACAGUAUGAACGUCCACGAUAAAGCUUGCUUUUGAUCUAUACUGUUUAAUAAAUGGCCGAGUUUAAGAUACAGGUAUAUAAAUAAUAAAAAAAUUAAUAAAUUAUCUGUUUUCUUCUUACACGCUUAAGGCGCGUGAAAGCUCAACAUUUAAAAAAAAAGAAAAAUAAAAGAAAUAAAAAAAAUAAUUAAUAAAAACAACUAACAAAAAUGUUCUCAUCACAAAAUAAUGAAAUUCAAUAGCGAGAUUUGAAGGCACAGUGUAAAUAAUUCUCAUCUCGUUUUUUGAUAUUUCAUUCGUUUAAAAAAAUCUAUGCAAGAUUGUUCAUGGAAAUAAUUUUUAACAAAAAUUACGCAAGCAUACACAUACAGCAAAAAACGGUGAAUAGUACAACACAAAAUGUAUGCAUAGAAAUCAACAAAUUAAAUACUUAGAUAAAACAGAUUUUAGUGUUUUAAUCUUAUUGAAUAUAAUUAAUGUAGUCUAUACAUUUUUUUAUUUUAUUUUCAUUUUUUAUUUUUUUUUAUUGUUUAUGAUAUUUAUAUUUUUUGUUAUUAUAAUACUUUUGUUAUUGUAUUAUUAAGGAGAAUUAUUUAGCUGGA